CAUCCACAGUGUGUCUGUCUUCAGGAGGAGCCGGGAGUCAUGCAUACCAUCCACGGGCUGUGUAGGGUCUGCAUCGCCGCUAGACUGCCUCAGGUGACCAUCCCUCGAGGAAAGGACGGCUAUGGCUUCACCAUCUGCUCUGACUCUCCAGUGAGGGUACAAGCCGUCGAUCCAGGUGGUCCGGCGGAUCAGGCAGGUCUGCAGCAGUUGGACACUGUGCUGCAGCUCAAUGGUCAGCCUGUAGAACAGUGGAAAUGUGUGGAGCUCGCCCACGCCAUCAGAAACAGCUCCAAUGAGAUCACGGUGGUGGUGUGGCGCACCGGGCCGGCCGCCAAGCCCAGUUUUGAGGGCCUCAUUCACCGGCCCUCCUACAAGCCCAACUACGACACCCCCUCACCCCCCACCAGGCGGAGGGACAGGUCCAAGGACCGGCUAGACCGUGACAAGAUACCCCCGGCCGUGCCCCCCCUCCCUGCCCACCACAGGACCAGCCGCCGGGUGCUAGUCAACGGCUCUGAGGGGGGCGGCAGGGGAGGGGUAGGAGGAGUAGGGGGGCCGUGGGGGGAGAGGAGGUGCGUAGGAGGGGGGGCGGAGGAGGUGGAUGGUAAAGCCAGGAGCCAGACCCAUAGCCAGAGCCACACAGCCACGCUGAAGGGGACUAGAGUGAAGGCGUCCAACGGAGAUAACUACAUCAUCCUGGCCCCCAUAAACCCAGGAAGCCAGGUAUUGAGGCCUGUCUACCAGGACAACCAUGGUACCUUGGCAGGGAGGAUAUACCCGGGUCAGGCCAGCAUGCCCCAGAAACAGGGGUCUGGCGGUGCCACGCCUGGGGGUGUAGGACUAGCAGGCCGGACCACCUUCCUACGACUCUCCACUAAUGCCAAGAUGUCUAAGCCAGACGAAGCGAACCUCUCUGGCCAACCCCCACCCAGCUACCAGCAGGUCCAGAGCUCCAGCUUUGCUAACUACCAGAACUGUACUAUAGUACACUCCCAUGUACAACACGACAACCCGCACGGCAACUAUGGCUACGUUAAAGCAGCACCCAAGAUCCUCAUCUUCCCCAUCUUUGUUCAGCCUCUGGACCUGUGUAACCCCACACGGACACUGGUGGUCUCUGAGGAGAUGAUCCUCCAUGAGAGCAAGCACCUCUCCAUUAAGGUGACUUUGUUCAUCUAUACAGACCUGAUGUUGGUGACCAGAGAGGAUGAACCAGGGAGAUGUAACGUCCUACAGAACCCUCUAUUUCUCAGACAACUACGGCUACAGGACGAUCAUGCUGAAGAUCUGAGGAUCUAUCUCAUCCACAUGACUGAGAAGUGUGACUGCCUGCUCAGUCUGGAAGCCUACUCUGCUGACCAGAAGCGGCGUGUGUGUCAGUGUCUGAAGGACACGAUUGACAAGCAGCUCCAGCUCCAGAGGACUGCCCCCUUCUACCCUCCUAACGUCCAGAUGCUGGAGCCCAAGGUGGAUACCCCUCCAUGUGAGUUGGGAGGAGGACGAGGCCUACCCCUGCCAGGGUCUGAAGAGGACCACCUCUACCCCUACCCCUCCAGCCCCUCAGAACCCCUGACCCUGGGCAACCCGUACCCCUCUGAGCUUCUCACCCCCCUGGAGGAGGUUUGCACCCCACUGGGCGACGGAGGGGAGCACAAGGUGCCCCCCACCCCACUGCCCUCCACCGAGUGGGAGGACACCAAGAGCAUGGAGGGCACUGAGCCUGAGAUCUGGCGGGAAAGAGAGGAGGAGGUGGAGGAGGAGAGGAAGGGUGAGGAGGAAGCAGAGAUAGAGGAGGGAGGGGAAAGAGAGAGGGAGGAGGAGGAGGGAGGAGAUGUGAAACCCCCGGCGACAGAUGACAAAGCCCCGUCAGACCCCCCCGACACCAACGCCCACCCCUCCUCUUCAUCCUCCUUCGUCAUCCCCGAGCUCCGCCUAGACCGCUCCUUUAGCGCCGAUGCCCUCUCCUCGCCCAACACCGACGAAGAGUAUGACGAGGACGAUGAUGAAGAUGACGAUGAUGAUGAGGAAGAUGACAGCGAUGAUACCUACCUAGAGCGCAGCGACAGUAAGCGUCGUAGCAUGGUGGAGGGCUCUGCCUGCGAGAAGCACGGCGGCAGGUUGAGUGUCCAGAACUCCCUGCGGCGCCGCACGCACAGCGAGGGCAGUCUGCUGCAGGACCCACGCGCCACUGGCUUCACCUCAGACAAUGCCAUCAACUGCCUGGACCCGACACACGCCCACAAGGGGGGCUGGACGCUGCCCUCGCCUAAGACCCUGAAGAAGGAGCUGACCAAGAACGGAGGCUCCAUGCACCAGCUCUGCAUGCUCUUCUCUGGCAGGAAGCUCAGCGCCGGAUCCCCAUGCAGCUGUGACGUUGGCCCCGACGGGUCCAAGAAGUCUAAGAAAUCCAAGAACCUGGCCAAAGACAUGAAGAACCGGCUUGCUUUCCUGAGGAGGAGGAAUGAGUCUCCCGGAAGCAACCCAGCUGGAAAAUUCGACAAGUCCUUGAAGUCAGUAAAGCCCACCCCGGAGGAGGCACUCAAAUGGGGGGAAUCUCUGGACAAGCUGCUGGCCCAUAAAUAUGGCCUGGCAGCGUUCAGAGCUUUCCUGCGCACAGAGUUCAGCGAAGAGAAUCUGGAAUUCUGGCUAGCAUGCGAGGAUUACAAAAAGAUUAAGUCGCAAUCCAAGAUGGCGUCCAAAGCCAAGAAAGUAUUUGCUGAAUACAUCGCCAUCCAGUCUUGUAAAGAGGUGAACUUGGACUCGUACACCCGAGAGCACACCAAGGACAACCUUCAGAACGUGACACGUUCCUGCUUCGACCUGGCCCAGCGCAGGAUAUAUGGCCUGAUGGAGAAGGACUCAUACCCCCGCUUCCUCCGCUCAGAACUCUACAUGGACUUAGUCAACCAGAAGAAGGCCAGCACCACGUCCACCUCCUCAUCGUCGUAAACACACAGAGAUCGAGAGAGAAAGUGAGAGACAACGACGAAAGAGAGAAAACAUUGACUUGAAAGCAGGUUCUUUUUAUACGUUCGCUGUUUUGUUUUGUUUCUGCCAUCUUCCUGUCCCACUAUAAUUUGGGUGUGAGAGAGACAGAAAGCUAGGCUGUGGCAUUGAGGGGGAUGUUGUUUCCACAACGACCAUGAUGACGGACCGAUGGUGGAUGGAUGGAGAGGAGAGCCCAGUCAGGACAGCUGGUCAAGUCGUGACUGCUGGACGCUUCUCUGAUCACUCUCAUUGAUAAUUGAUCACUGUCUGUGGUUCAUAACGAUAUAUGUUGGUUUGUCCGGACGUACUGUAGAAAGGAUGGGGUGCUGAAACCUCCGCAGACAUGAAGACAGUCCGGUACUGUUUUGGCGUUUUUGUUGAUAUUUUCCUUCUUUUUGUUUUACACCUCCCCAUCCUCCUCCUCCUUUAGAGCCAGUUCAAAUGCUGUUGGUACGACGCAAAGGUUUGUUUUGUCCUAGAUUCUCAAUGUCUCACAAUGACCAUUUCUAAACGGGCUUGCGAGAAAAAGGAGAAAUGUGAUAGCUGGAUCAAUGUCUGGAUGACUGGAUGAAAAGCCGCUUUUUGUCUGGUUUUGCAUCUUUUUUUUUCUGUUCAUGGUGAAACACAACUCUCUCAAGCACAGUCAGCAUCUGUUCUGUUCAGCAUUCUCUCACAGGGUCUCACCUUGUCGCAUUCAUCCAAAUCAUACAGCAAAAGACACGGAGAAACAGAGGGAAAAGAGAGAGAGAAAGAUGGAAAAAUAUCAACAACGGAACGGACCAAAACUGCAAAAGCAGAGAUGUGCCACUCUAACUCGAAAAGACUUGCUGCCUGUUUCCAAAGACCGUCGAAAAAAAGACAAGUAACACUUGACUGUGUUCUGAUAAGCAAUUCAUUGUAGCGCCACCUAGACUCAACGAGACAGCAUUCUCAGGACAUUAAGGCACUUGACUAUGAAGCUUCCAAGCUUGAUUUUUAUUGUUCAUUUUUGUUUUUACACAUAAAAUGUUUUUUUGUUUUUUUUUAUCGUUUUAAGUUCAAACCUGCACUCCAUAAGUAUACUGAGCAAUACUGUUGGGAGGUUGCUCUUUUCAUAGACAUAAAAAUAAAAAAAAACGCUUCACCUGUACAAAGGUCUGCCUAUUUAUUUAGAUAUCUUGCUGGAUGCUUCACCCAUUGCACUCAGAUGAAAGCUCUCCCUUCCCCUAACCACAAACCAGGUCCACCGCUGUCCUGGCUUUAAGUGCAAUAUGUUUUUGUUUAUUUUCCUUUUUUUUCCCAUUUUUAUCCGAAAGACAAUGUCUUGAGCUCUGUAUUAUACACUUUAUUUGUAAGAGUUGUGCUGCAAAAUUCUGCUAUAAAGUUGAUUUACAGUUUAAGUAAUUAAUCAAGAAUAGAUACAUGAAUUAAGUAAGUCAUUCUAACUGUGUACCCUGGCAGCAGGCAGCUAGGGGUUAAGGAUGUACAUAUAAUUCUUUAAGAAAAUAAAGAAAAAAAACAGAAAAAAACAAGAGGUUUCACUUGUGUUGAGCUGGAACCUGGCUGUAUCUAUGUAAAUAUGAGAGACUCAAAGCUAUAAGAUGACACGUAUUGUUAUAGAAAUGAGGAAGGGUGGCUACGGUCUGCCCUUUCCUGGUCAUACACUGCUUGUCAGGAGUUUUCUGAAAUGUAUUUGAUCAUUUUCAUUGUUUACAAUUCAAACGCAUCUCCCAAGAUAGCAAGCGAAAAAGACAAUAGAAAUACAUUUGGUGUUAUUGCUGAAAAUAAAUAAAAUAACCAACUGGUGAAAUGAUAAAUAA